AUACUAGUUCUGGCGUCAAAAUUGAAGAAGAAGAAAAGAUAGGCAUAAGCUUCUCAGAGCUUGACUUAAAAGAUCUUCCAAGCUUCCGGAAACGCUCAAAUUUGAACAAUACUAAAGAUUUGAAGAAAAAACAGAAAAACUUAGCGAAUGAUCAAAAGCAUUCAUCCACACUUGAGUCUAAAGAUGUAAAUCGAGAAGAGAUUGUUCCAUCGAGUUCUGUACAGUCGAAAAAACCGAUAAUUAAGAAAUCGUCAAAAUCGGGCGACAAUGAAUCAGAUGGUUACGGUACUCAAGACACAGAUGAAAGAUCGUACGAAGGCAUUUCUCGAAAAAAUUUCAAACAGAGUACAAAACCUAGUAAACCUGAUUGGGAAUAUUCAUCAUCUGAAUCGUCGUUAGAAGAUACGAAGAAGAAAUCACCUUUUAAAGUACAUUAUAAAUCCAAUACUUUGAGUACAUCUGAAACAACAAAAAAAAUCAAAAGUAGUAGUCACUCAAUUACUAAUUCCACUCUUAAACAUCGUGAAUUAAAAAAUCGAAUAUUUGUUGCUACACCUUCGGGAUCGAGUACGAAACUUAAGCCCAGUCGCAGGUCAAAAAACAAUUUUAUAGUAAAUUCACAAAGUUUAAAAUCUAAAAGCAUAUUAGCAUCUAGUUCAAAAACACCUAAUACACAAGAAACAAAACCUUUCAGAAAUAAUUAUACAGACGAUACAACUAGUGACAGUGCAAAACAAACAAGUGGAUCAAAUUCAAACAGCGAGGGGCAAGAAGACUAUGAUUCAUUCCUUAAUUCAGAAUGGGUUGAGAGACCGUACCUUAAUCCCGAAGAUGGUAUUACGGAUGCAUUUGAUUUAGAUAUGAUCAAACUUUAUCUCACUCUACAACAGAAUAAUCAAUUAGAUAGUGAUGGUGAACCAAUAGAUUGGGUAGAAAAAGAGGAAUAUACUGUCCGAGUGGGCGAUUAUUCAACCGACCCAGGACCUCACAAGACAGGAUGUGCUAGGACUGAAGGGUAUUACAAAAUACCACCAGAAGAAAAACGAAAAUAUGUUACAUAUGGUAUCGCAGGUACACCAUAUGCAACUGCCACAGCUCCGGCACCUAGUCCGCGAGAAUCAAGAGCCAAACGACGAGAAUUACAUGCACGUAUGGCCACAGCGUCGGAAGAUUAUCUUCAAUUCAAUCCAUUGAAAUCACGAGAAAGAGAACUUACAAUAGCUAAAUCUUCAAUACAUCAUUAUGGACUAUUCACAUUGGAAAAAAUAAAGUGUGGAGAAUUUGUAAUUGAAUAUACAGGAGAAUUAAUUAGACAGGCAGUUGCAGAUUUAAGAGAAAGGAAAUAUAAGGCAGAAGGGAUUGACGGAAGUUAUAUGUUUAGAGUUGGCGAUGAUACUAUAAUUGACGCCACUAGAAUGGGAAAUAAUGCUAGACUAAUAAAUCAUUCUUGCGAGCCGAAUUGUAAUGCUAGAAUUCUUAAUGUCAAAGGACAUAAAAAAAUAGCAAUAUACGCAAAAAGGAACAUACAAAAAAAUGAAGAGAUUACUUAUGAUUAUAAGCAUCUAAAUGCAGAGGAUUUUUAA